AUGGCGUCGAGAGUGCUAGAUAAGAAGCUCAAGAAGGUGCUGGAUAUGCGGACGGACACCCCGGCGUUGUUGGAGUCGCUGGAGGCGAUCAGCACGCUCUUCAGCGAUCACAGCACAGGCAGCAGCUCGGGAGCUGCCGCGACUACUGCCGAUGGGGAGAAGGCGGGGGGGGCGGGGCAUGAGUACAACACGCUUGAUGCGAGACGGUCGCUCAGAGAGGACCUCGAGCGGCAGAACUACAACUUGAGCGCCUGCUUCCAGAAGAGCUUCGAGCGCCUGAGGGACCGCCUUGAAGGCCUGGAGGGGUGCGUCGCCGGGCUCGAGGACGGCUGCUCCUCCAUCUCCGGGCGUCUUUCCGCCGCCGACGCCAGCAUGCAGCAGUUCACCCUGAGGGCGGAGACGCUGCGGGACCAGAGGAGUCAGCUCGGGAAGCACGCCGAUCAGGUGUCCCUGUUUCUGGAGAGGUUUCAGCUCACGCCCGACGAAGUAGAGGCUCUCUCGGCGCAGCUCGAGCCCGACCAAGGCAGGCGCUUCUUCUCCGCCCUGCUCAGGCUCAAGACCGUUCGGGCCUCUUGCGGUCGGCUGGUGGGGUCCAGCCCGCAGAGCGCCGGGUUCGAGCUGUUGGAGCAGCUCAGCAAGCACCAGGAGGCGGCAUACGAACGGCUGUAUCGGUGGGUGCAGGACCGCUGCCAGACGUUGGAGGAGGAGACGCCCGCGGCUGACGUGACCCUGCAGGCUGCGGUACGAUGUCUUCGAGAUAGGCCGCUCUACUACGCACAUUGUCAGGAGAGUAUAGUAAACAUGCGGCGCAAGCUGCUGGUGCAGAGGUUCGUGAUGGCCUUGACGUCUGGGCAGUCGUCGGUUCGACCGAUCGAGAUGCAGGCCCACGACCCGGUCAGGUGCGUCGAUCAGCGUCGAAAAGCGCCCGCCGCCCACUACAUAGCCGGUGGUCGCAUGCGUGGCCCUCAAGACUCUUUGUGCUGGAGAAGGAAAACGGCUUAAAAACAUCGCACGCGCGCCCCCCCACCCACACCGCCUCCACGCAAAUGUUUUUUGCGACGAAUGUUUGUCACACGUGAUCGGAAAAUCUCGUCGUGCUCGAGAACGGCUUUGAAACAUGGCGCACCCUCCCCCGUAGACGUUUCUCGUGACCGGACAAGACCCACAAAGAGCUAAACAGAAGCUGCUGUGGAUGCCCGGAACUGCCGCCUGGACGGACGUGCCCAUGCGACACGCCCAGGCCCGAUACUUUGAUAGAUGCGUUCGUCUUUGUUCCGCUGCGGUGGUGAAUCACCGGUCUCGGGGGUGUGUAAAA